AUGAAUCCUCUGCAAGGGGUGGUUCAUUACCACUUGUAUGAGAAGUGCGAGCCGUCGGUAUUUUCAGAAAGCGACCAAACCCUGUCACCUGCUAAACAAAACGUUAUGAACAGAGCCAGCAAAGAUGUGAUUACAAUGAAAUCCUGGGCAGAUUUUGAUGUUAACACUGUUCUGGUAGUUACCUGGGAAAACCAAGUUUCAGUAAAUGAUCAGACAAACACUCCAAAUACAUUUCAAGCUAUAUUUAUAAGUGGAAACCGGAAAGAAUCAAGCAGUGACCAAGACUUUUCAGAUGAAGAAACAUCUUUCGUACUGUAUCUUUAUCCUAAAGAUAAAAUGCGCUGGUGCAAUAACGAUGCUUUAAUUGGUGUAAGUGCUGGCUCGUUUUCAGCCUCAUUGAAAGUUGGUUCAACGUGGCUCAGAGCACCAGAAUUUCGAGAAAAAAUGUUAUUUAAAGUUGGACAAAAGACAAGCACUGUGCAGCAGUGCCAGAGAUACCUUUGUAAAAACAGCCGUCAGAUAACCAACCCAGUUUACCGUCAAGAGAUAGAACAGCUGUACAAAUGUCCGUGUACACUCGACCGUCUAGGCCUACAGUGGGGAUUUUAUGAGCAAAGAAGCCCAGACAUUUACUGUUUUUCAAUAAGACUUGUGGCAAAAAGGAGACUGCUCAUAUCUAAUCCAAGAAACAAGCUGUGCUGCUAUAAAUGGAACAAGCCAGCAGACAACAGCAACUGGCAGUUCUGGGCUCAACAACUGGCACUCGCCACGUUUGUUCAUAGCUCGGGAGACGCUGGUCAUGUGAUUCCUGGAGACCCCGAGUGGUACGUCGGAGUCCGUGAGAACAUCAACGCCCACCAGUGGUGCUGUAAGGACGCCAACAAGGCCAAGCUGUGUGAGAGAUUCGACAAGAUUUACCCGGACAUGGAUUGCUCGUAUGAUGUGGAAUUUGUUCCAGGCUAUUUGCUUGGGGACCCAACUAUUGUAACUCUGGAUAACGUCACGUACUUGAUGAAUGGAUGGGGAGAGUACAUUCUAAUGGAUGUUCCUACAGAAAACUUUACUCUGCAGGCUAGAACAGACCGAAUUCAGACAAGUAAAGGGUUGUCUAAUGGCACCGUUUUCACGGCUUUUGCUGCAAUGGAGGGAAUCGGGUCGCAUUUUCAAGUGGAGCUUUCUGAUUCUAAAAGAUCAAUGGAAAUCCUUGCCAAAGGAGUAUCUAUGAUAGUAAGAGUUGGAGUACAAAGUCUUGAACUAGAGAUGCAGGUGGUGAAAACGUUAAAGAACAAAACAAGAGGUCUGCUUGGAAACUUCAAUGGAAAAACAAACGACGAGUUUACUUUACCCAAUGGGACAAUUUUGUCACCUAAUUUAACAGAAAGUCAGAUUUUCUACAGCUUUGCAAAUCAAUCUAACUCUUGUCCUAAUGUGAGCAUCUCAAAAAAUGAAAACUACACAAACGGCAGGUGGUAUGUCCAGGAAGGCGUGGUCAAUACAUUACGUAUCAACGCCACAGAUGCGGACAAUGACAUGUUGACUUACAUGAUGUAUGAGAAUGUUACAGGCGUGUCCGUUAACCAAAGUGGAUUUUUGUUUUAUACACCUUCGUCAGUAACCCCAGUUAAAAUUGGAUUCCGAGUAAAGGAUGCGAAGUCUUGCUACACACCAGUGGUCAAUGUAAAAACAGCAAUAUGUCCACUCUGUAGAAAUAAUGGACGUUGCAACAAGAAUGUAACCAGAAGUGUUGAAUACUUUGGAGGACAAAUUCAAAUUUUAAAAUGCGACUGUGCACCUGGAUUUACAGGAGAUAAUUGUGAAUCUGAACUGGACGCCUGCCUGUCAAAACCCUGCUCUAAAGGAAAAAAUUGCACAGACCUGACGGCAGCUCAACAAGGCAACAGUACUGUGGGAUAUGUCUGUGGGCCUUGUCCUAAAGGGUUUGUGGACAUAUUAGGUGUUUGUGUGGAUAUUGACGAAUGUGAAAACAACAGUACCUGUCAACAUAAAUGCGAGAACACAGAGGGGUCUUUUGUGUGUGGCUGUAACACUGGAUACGUUCUCAACAGGACAGACUCCAGGACUUGUUUAGCCAAGAACUGCUCCAAUAGAUGUGUUUUAUCCAACACUUUGUACUGCGACGAGUCUAUCAGCGUCUGCGUGUGUAAAAAUGACACAAAAACAGCAGAUUGCUCCAUGGUUGUAGAUUACUGUUCCACGACUCGAGCAGUGUUUGUGUCCAGAGUGGUCAAGACUGGACAGCACUCAGACAAAAUGCAUAGAGAUCAAUGCUUUUCUGACAUUGAAGUUGAAGGCGGUGUCUCAUGUCCUUACGAUUCACUCAAAGUCUAUAGUGGAGCUUCAACGUCCAAUUCCUUGCUUGGCGUGUACUGUGGCAGCAGUUUGCCAAUAUCUAUCAGCUCCUUUAGCGGUCUAUACCUGGUCUUCACGUCUGAUCGUCAAAUAAGUGGUCGGGGAUUUAAGCUUCAAUACUCUUACGGUUUGUAUGACAGCUUUUGA